GUAGAUUUUGUUUUGCUGGCCUGGAAACAGAAAUCUCCUCGUUGGCCGCCCGCACCUCUUCCCUUUAGAAAACCCUUUACCACCACCCCUCCCUCCGCCGCCAUCGCAGCGAUGAUGCCUCCCCUCUCCGCCGCCUCAGGACCCGACGACUGGGGGUCGUUCGGCUGCGCCUCCGGUUGCGACUCCUGGGCUCCCCACCACGUCCGCCUCAACGGCGAAUCCUGCCGCCUCUGCUCUUCCUGCGUCCUCCUCUGCAACCCCGACGCCUACUGCUGCGCCUGCCUCCUCCUCCUCGCCCCGGGCGCCUACGCCGCCGCCUUCCCCCGAGAACCCCGCGUAGACUUCUCCCCGCCGGAUCCCAUCGCCGCCUGCUCCCGCUGCGGCGUCUUCGUGGCCCACCUCUCCUGCGUCGCGGACCCGUACUCCUUCGUCUGCCCGCCGUGCUCCGCCGCCGUCGAUCGCAGGCCCUUCUCGUACGAGCACGAUCCCGCCGGGAGGGGCCAAUGCACGCUGCUGGACGGCCGCUACGCGCGCGUCCUCCUCGCCGCGGCGCUGCUCGCGCACGAUUCCGCCCUGCGAGCCGCCGCCGCGGCCCGCGAGAAGGCGGAGCGCAGCGUCCAGGAGGCCGCUGUCGCCCGGAAGCAAGCGCGUGCCAUGCUAGACGCGGCCUUCCGUGGCGCGGAGGCGGAGGACAGGCACGUCAAGGAGCAGCAGGCCACUCCAUCCGCGGCCGCGCUCGAGCUGCUCACGGUUACGCCAUCUGUCGAACUGCUCAGGAAGACGACCCCGAAGAGCGGCGAGCCCAGGAAGAAGGCGCCGAAGAGCAACGAGGCGAACAGGAGCAGAGACACGCUGCUCAAGUUCAACUCCAUGCAGCAGCCGGCACUGGCGUUUGCCGCUACGGCCGCCGCCGCCGCAGCCAGCUCAAUGCCGAUGCCAUCAUCAAGAUCGGACCAGAAUCAAGUGAAUCAGGAGGCCGGAGGUUCAGCUGACAUAAUAGCAGCUACAGGUGAUUACAGGGAGCUCUUCGGCACCUUGCCAUGGUGAGAUCGGGGGUGUUUCUGCUGCUGCUUCCAUGUCAUUUUGCUUCGAUCUGUUCAUCUUUGCAGUCCCAGAAUUGACAAAACGCGAGUUCCAGGGUCAGACAAUUUCCGAUGUGAAAUCUUCUCACUGUAAAUUCUAGUCUCGGGGACAUGAUGUUAGCUAGCUGAUACUACUCCGAUGAUUGUUUUCAUCUUACGUAGCUGCUUUGCAUACUCUUUUUGAAAGAAAAAUGUAGGAGAGGCUCGUACCGUAAUAAUAUAUAAAGAGUUUAA